ACCGUCCUCCUGAUGAAUCCUCUGUCGUGAUACUCCCCCGCUGCACAGCGACAUACGGGCAUUGCCAUCUGCUCUGUGUGACCGGCUGCGACAACCUGGCGCAAAACAAAUAUUAUACCGAUCAGUUCUAUCGUCAUUUGUCGUCGCGCCGUUUUGUCUGCAUCGUGGAUUGCUAAGGACCGAGCUUAUCGCGGGUAAUAUCAAAAAACAGACUGCUUGAUUGCAGUCUGUCGCGGCAACAUGGAUUUCAUGACUUCGCCUGCAGGAUCGCACGCACCAGGACCUACGCGCAUUACUCCCAAAGGUCGAUUAUCCCAAACUCCAUGGCAUCGAUUAACGGACUCGAAAUAUGACGUGGUGGUCCCUCGGAUCGGGUCGCGAAAUUUGGACCCAUGGGUGGAAUUGGGUAUGAACCAGUUGCCGGGACCGGAUCUACUAUAUGAAGAUGGCGAAUCGCUUUCCUACCAUGCCUUCUCUCCACCCUCCUAUCAUGAUGCCGUACACGAUAUCCCCCCAGAAUACUCCUCCGCCAUUGCACCAUUAGCCCAGCGGAAAUGCUUCGUCCAUGAGCCUGCUCCCUCGAGACCCUCGAAGCCCAGAUCUGCACUUAUCGUUGACUUCAAAUCGUCCGGAAUUCGCGAACACAAAGGCGGCAAGAAGGUCAAGAAGAGGCCAGUCCAACACUCCACGCCGCAGGAAACACCACCACCAAAUGAACAACCACCCCCGGAUGAUGGGAAAGGUGGUGGCGACGCAGGUGGUACGGGCGAUGGAAACGGAGACGACGGCGCAGGCGGUGGUGGUGGGGGGGGAGGUGACGAUGACGAUGAAUGGGGACUGACCGCGACCGCCAGGAAAAAGAACAAGAAGAAGAAGAAGGAGGAAGAAGAGCGGCAAGCGAAAGAGGAGGAGGAGAGAAAGGCCAAAGAAGAGGAAGAGAAGAAAGCUGCAGAAGAGGCCGCCGCUGAAAAGAAAAAGAAGGGCAGGGUUACUACGCUGGCUGAACCUGAACAACCUCCGGAUUCUUUUCAGGAUGUCAAUCUGAAUGAAAGCCAGCCGCAGCGCGACACUGGCUCGGACGCUCCUGCGACACAAUCAAAAGGCUUCAGUCUCGGUGGUUGGGCUGGUAGUUGGCUUACUGGCAAGAGCUCUAAAGAGGACAGCAACAGUAACCACUGGUCUUCUGGCGCCGAAAACGAUACUCCAAAGAGGACACCAGGGGGAUUUGAUUUCGGCAACCUUGAACAGCCUGUGAACGAAGCUCCGGAAGCAAAACAGACCGAAGAGGACGACUGGGGCGCUUUUGUCACGAACAAGAAGGACAAGAAAAAGAAGAAAGACACCAUCGUGGAAGAGCCCUUGAAAGAACAGGAACCCGAGCCUGAACCCGAGCCUGCGCCUUCAGCUCCUGAACCUGAACCUGAACCUGAACCAGAGCCCGAGCCCGAGCCUGCUCCCGAGGCACCGCCCGCGGAGGAGGAAGAGCCUGAGGAUAGCUCAUGGGGCUGGGGUCUCGGACUUUUGAAGAAGGAUAAAAAGAAGACGAAGAGGGAAUCCAAGAUGGAGGUGCCUCCACCCGCCCCAGAACCUAUCCCCGAAAAACCCACCGAAGAGAACGCCGAGAAGGCCAACGCCUGGGAUCCACCGGUUAAGAAAGAGAAGAAGAAAACGAGUCCCCUUGAUAUCCUACUUGGCGCAACAUCCUCAUCUGCGUUGAAUCGUCCACUGGCACCCAAGGUUGCUGGCCCGGACGACGACUGGUCGAGCGCUUGGACUUCGUCGAGUAAUCAGAAAGUGGGCAUGAGGGGAGUUACGAAGGGUUAUGUUAUCGACGAACAUCCGACCGUCGAAGAGCCUCCACCGGCACCCGAACCACCACCAGCGGUACAAGAGGAAGACGGUGGCUGGUCAGCAUGGAAUCCCCCUAAGGAAAAAAGGAAAAAGAAGAGCAGAUUUGAGUCAGAGCCCGAACCUGAACGAGAAGAACCCGCUCUUGAACUCGAGCCCGAGCCUGAACCUGAACCGCCAGCGCCUACGUUACCGGAUGAUCCUCUUUACGACAAGUGGGACGAUCUUUCAAGCAAGGAUAGGAAAAGGCGUGAGAAGUCACUGAAAAGGAGAGGUCUCCCAAUCCCUGGUAUAGAUUUCGAAUGGCCACCACCUGCGCCCGCACCUCCAAAGGAACCUGCGCCAGAACCUGAACCUGAACCUGAACCAGAGCCCGAGCUUGAGCCCGAGCCCGAGCCAGAACCAGCACCGGAGCCAGAGCCAGAGCCAGCACCUACAUUACCAGACGACCCCCUCUAUGAUAACUGGGAUGGUUUAUCCAGCAAGGAUAAGAAGCGACGUGAAAAGUCACUGAAGAGGAGGGGUCUUCCAGUCCCUGGAAUCGACUUUGAAUGGCCACCACCUUCUCGUCCUUCAGCGGAACCUGAGCCAGAGCCAAAAUCUGAGCCCGAACCCGAACCCGAACCUACCCCAGAGCCAGAGCCAGAGCAUGUGCCUGAGCCAGAACCAGAACCAGCGCCCACGUUGCCAGAUAAUCCUCUCUAUGACAAUUGGGAUAAUCUCUCAAGUUCUGACAAGAGGCGGCGUGAAAAGGUGAUGAAGAGGAAAGGCCUUCCAGUACCAGUGGUAGACUUUGAAUGGCCACCAACAUCACCGCCGCCGCCUCCUCCAGCGGAACCAGAGCCAGAGCCUGAACCUCAACCUGAACCAGCAACUUUACCCACAUUGCCAAACAACCCUCUCUAUGAAAACUGGGACAAUCUUUCAAGCUAUGACAAGAGGAGACGUGAAAAGGUGAUGAAGAGGAUAGGCCUCCCAAUACCAGCAAUAGACUUUGAAUGGCCACCACCGCCUCCCCCAGCAGAGCUUGAGCCCGAGCCCGAGCCCGAGCCCGAGUCAAAACUAGAACCAGCUCCAGGGCCCACAUUGCCAGACAACCCUCUUUAUGACAACUGGGACAAUCUGUCGAGCUAUGACAAGAGAAGGCGUGAAAAGGUGAUGCAAAGGAAAGGUCUCCCAAUACCAGGAGUAGACUUUGAAUGGCCACCUCCCCUAGCGGAACCUGAGCUAGAACCGGAGCCGGAGCCGGAGCCGGAGCCGGAGCUUCCAGCGCCCACUUUGCCAGACAACCCUCUUUAUGAAAAUUGGGACAAUCUGUCAAGUUAUGACAAGAAAAGGCGUGAAAAGGUGAUGCAAAAGAAAGGCCUCCCAAUACCAGGAGUAGACUUUGAGUGGCCGCCUCCUCCUUCAGCAAAACCUGAGCCAGAACCUGAGCGCGUGAGAGGUUGCUGAAAAAGAAGGGCCUUCCUGUUCCUGGAACAGACUUUCAGUGGCCACCAUCACCUCCUCCAGCGGAGCCUGAGCCUGAACCCCCGGCACCAACUUUACCAGACAAUCCUCUCUACAAUGAUUGGGAUAACCUCAUGAGUACAGACAAGAGAAGGCGUGAGAGAUUAAUGAGGAAGAGAGGCCUUCCAGUCCCUGGGGUGGAUUUUGAGUGGCCGCCACCUACUCCAACAGAAUCUGAUCCUAAGCCUGAAGUUCCUGAACCUGAGCCCGAGCCCCAGCCCCAGCACCCAGCACCGACUUUACCAGACAAUCCU